AUGGCAAAUAUGUAUGAAGAGGGCCGAAUUUCGACGGCGGUGGGCAUCGACAAAGACAAGAACAGCCAAGCCGCCGUGAAAUGGGCCCUCGAAAAAUUGAGGUUGAAAGACAACCACCUUCUCCUUGCCCACGUUAAAAUUCAACAAGGCUUUGAUUCACAUGCUGUUCAGGGCAGAGAGCCAACUCCAGCUGAAGCACAACAAAUAUUCCUUACUUAUCGCGGUUUCUGUGCUCGAAAAGGGAUUCAUGUAAAAGAGGUGGUUCUGCAAGGCCACGACGUGGCAACCACGCUUGCAGAGUUUGCCAGCCGGAACACCAUCGUGAACAUGGUCGUAGGAGCUUCGAGUAGAGGUGCCUUAGCAAGGGCCUUCAAGAACCCCGAUGUCCCGAGUUCUUUAAUGAAGAUCGCGCCCGAUUUCUGCAACGUGUACUCCGUGUCGAAGGUGAAGGCACAGAAAGUGAAAUCUGCCACCGAAACCGGAACUCCCGGCAGCACAACCAGCUCUGGCUCGCAAGAAAGCCCGUUUCCUGCAAAAUUUCGCCCUCAGGAGAGCUGGAAAAGCUCCUUCUCUUACACGUCCGAACUGGAAGGGGGCAAGUUCGGGUCGUCGACUUUCAACAGCAGAGAGUCUCGUCAGAUGACGCCGAGGGAGUCAGCAAACGCUAGCUAUGAAUCUACGGGCUUAGGCCACAGCUUUCACAGCAAAAGCAAUUUCUUCGGGGCCAGCGAGGGUGAAGGCAGGCAUAUGCCUCGACCAAAGAAGCUCGCCUCGAAUGUGCCAGACGUCCUACUGUCGAUGAAGCACCACGAUCUUCAGCAAGUCCGAACCAAAGACGUCAGCCCACCGUAUUCCAUGGCUUCUUUCAGUGAUCAUUCGGAUAUGCAGAGUUUCCCUUCGGAUGUAUCGUACGAACAUCUAGACCAGAUGGCGGAGUCUUCGAGCUGCUCACAAACCGCUGACGUAGAGGACGAGCUCAAGAGAUUGAAACACGACAUGAAGCGAAUCACAAUGACAUAUAAUGCAGUCUGUCAAGAAUCAGAGACGGCUUCGGAUAAGGACGCCAUCAACGGUGACCAUUCCCAAGAGACGGCGAUGGCCAUGGUUGAGAGGGAGAAGUUGAAGUGUCAGGCUGCAGUCGAGCUAGCACAGACGGCACAGCGCAUAGCAGAGCUGGAGUCGGUGAAGAGAAAAUCUGCGGAGCAGAAAUUCAGAGUGGAGGCCGAAGAAAAGGAGAAGGCGAUUCACGCGCUAGCACAUACCGAGGUCCAGUACAGGAAGUACGCGAUGGAAGAGAUCCAACAAGCGACAAAUUACUUUGCUGGUUCAGAAAAGAUCGGUGAGGGCGGAUACGGGCCUGUCUUUAAAGCGAGCCUUGAUCACACACGCGUUGCCAUUAAGGUUCUCAGGCCAGACAUGUCACAAGGCGAAAAGCAGUUCCAGAGAGAGGUCGAGGUGCUGAGCCGUAUGAGGCAUCCCCAUAUGGUUAUCCUGUUAGGUGCUUGCCCGGAGUAUGGCUGCCUCGUGUACGAGCACAUGGAAAACGGAAGUUUAGAAGACAGGCUGAACUGCCUAAACGGCACCUCCCCGUUGUCGUGGAGGGACCGUUUCAGGAUAGCCGAAGAAAUCGCCACCGCCCUGAAUUUUAUGCACCGGACAAGGCCAGAGCCCCUCGUGCACCGUGACCUCAAGCCGGCCAAUAUCCUCUUGGACAGAAAUUACGUGAGCAAGAUCAGUGACGUCGGCCUAUCCAGGCUGGUGCCAACAGCAGUGGCGGAUUCCAUCACUCAAUGCUGCAUGACUGCAGCAGCGGGCACGUUUUGCUACAUAGAUCCCGAGUAUCAGCAGACGGGAAUGCUGGGAACAAAAUCGGACGUGUAUUCAUUCGGUGUGGUGUUGCUGCAAAUUCUUACCGCGAAGCCAGCUAUGGGACUGACCUAUGUAGUUGACUCGGCAAUUGAGGAUGGCAAGUUUGCGGAGGUGCUUGAUCGGACGGUGAAGGACUGGCCAGUCGAGGCGGCCCUAGCUAUGGCGAAACUGGCCUUACAAUGCUGUGAACUGAGGAAGAGAGAUCGACCGGAUCUUGAUUCGGUGAUAUUACCUGAACUGCAUAGGAUAAGAGAAACAGACUCACAGAUCAAACCUGAAGACAGAUUCUACUAAAUGCCUCACAUGGACCGAUACGACUACGAGAGAUGCACAAUUUUACCAUUUUCCUUUUUCCGCAGAGCCUGAAACUUGAGCUUAAACACAGAGAAAGAGCGAGCAAGAGAUUACCAAAACGAGAAGGGGUUUGGUGCCGAUGUAUAAACAGAACAGCAAAGCAAAGCAAAUGGGCUGUCAAAAUCUUGUUUUGGCUGUG